ACACCGCGUAGCUGCAACCUGUACUCUGCCAGAACAUUAUCCACAACUCUUCGUCCCCGUUCGAGACCCACCUUCUGAAAGAAAACGGGAGAUCGAUGGCGGACGAUUGCCCCGCCGGCUCAGCUUCUGGCGCUGGAGGUGUCCCUGUGGUGGAGAUUAAGAACCUCCGCUUCACGUAUCCUGGAAUCGACGGCCACCCGCCUCCGGGAUCCACACCCCUGAUCGACGAAUUCUCACUAUCGCUUGCAGCUGGCGAACGGUGCCUUCUUGUGGGAUCCAAUGGAGCCGGAAAGACUACGAUACUGAAGAUAUUGGGUGGGAAGCACAUGGUGGAGCCUGAGAUGGUUCAGAUCUUCGGGAGGUCGGCCUUCCAUGACACCGCUCUCACCUCUUCUGGCGAUCUUUCUUACUUGGGUGGAGAGUGGAGGAGAGAAGUUGCUUUUGCUGGUUUUGAGGUGUCGAUUCAAAUGGAUAUUUCUGCUGAGAAGAUGAUAAAUGGUGUAUCUGGCAUUGAGCCCAAUAGAAGAGAUGAACUGAUUAAAGUUUUAGACAUUGAUUUAUCAUGGAGAAUGCACAAAGCAUCUGAUGGUCAAAGGAGACGCGUUCAAAUUUGCAUGGGUCUUCUUAAACCAUUUAAGGUUCUUCUUCUUGAUGAAAUAACAGUUGACUUAGAUGUCCUUGCAAGAGCCGACCUUUUAAGAUAUCUCAAGAAGGAAUGUGAAGAACGAGGUGCCACCAUUAUAUAUGCAACACACAUUUUUGAUGGUCUAGAGGACUGGCCGACACAUGUUGUAUAUGUGGCUCAUGGAAAAUUGCAAUUAGCACUCCCUUUGGAGAAAGUCAAGCAGAUGAGUAAUUUAUCAUUAAUGCGAACAGUGGAGAGUUGGUUGAGGAAGGAAAGGGAUGAAGACAGGAGGAGAAGAAAGGAGCGAAAGGAAAGUGGGCUUCCAGAAUUUGAAAAACCAGUCAAGGGGUCGAGAGUAACAGGUGAUCCUGCCCGGAUUGCGAUCCGAGUGAUGAACAACGGCUGGGCCGCUGGAAGACUUAAUUCAACUGUCGCGGGGGAGGAGAAUUUCUUUUUGAGUUCCAACAGGGUCCUUAGACAAUAACCUCAGCUUUGCUAUGUUCUGUUCGUGCGUGAUCAAUUUAUAAUUUUCAUGAAAAUAAAAGGAAUUGUUUUUAUGCUAAUGAUAUCUAUUGAAGCACUAAUGAAGUUCAGAUUUACAAUUUCAGUCA